UUAAAGUUAUACUAGUGUUUUGAAAUGCCGAAGUCAAAGUGUAAAGGGCGCCGACGCUCACCGUCGACUUCCUCAUCAUCCUCGUCAUCCUUAUCAACGUCAAGUAUAUCAUCUUCAAGCGGGGGUGGCAAGUAAGGGCAUACAAUAAAAAGGUUACAAAAGAAAGUAUCUAGUCUACAAGAAAUUGUAAGUAGAAAACAAGCUAUUUCGUCAUGUAGUUUAACAAUAACUGAAAGCGUCAUACCAUCUUUUGACCCAAUGGCAAACAAUCACAAUGCUGCUGAUUGGAUACGUAAAGUUGAAGAUUUGAUUAAAUGUCAUAACUGGAAUGAAGUAUUAACAAUGAAACUUAUUACAAAUAAAUUACGUGGCAAUGCAAGACGCUGGUAUGAUUCUUUACAGAAUCCUUGUAUCAAGUGAACGGAAAUGAAACAAUUAUUAAUUGAUAAUCUCCCUUCUCAAGUACAUUUUGGACGUCUAUUAAUUCAGGCCGCGAACUAUUUCUCAAGUGCCGGCAAAAUUUAAGUGACUAUUGUUUCGAAAAAUGUUCUAAACUUAAAAUGUUAAAUUUAGCCAUUCUUGAUAAACAUAUAAUAGAUAGUGUAAUAGGGGGUAUAAACGACCCUAAUGUCAGUUUGUCCGCCAGAGCUGCAAAUUUUGAAACUGUAGGUGAGCUCUCUAACUAUUUAAGUCAUGUAUCUACAAAAUCAGUUAAAAAUCUGCCUUCUACAAGUCAAAUAUAUUCACGAACUAGUUCAUUUUCCUCAUUACAAAAUAAAAUGAAACAACCUCAUUGUUCCUCCAAAAUUUCAUGUUACAACUGUGGUGACAAUCAUAGGGUACGAGAUUGCACCAAGCCGUUGGUUGAAUGCCGAAAAUGCAAUAAACUAGGGCAUAAGACCGAAGAAUGUAAAUAAGUUAUUUUUCGAAAAUUUAAGUCAGCAAGUCACCUUGUAAAUCAGAUUAGUCAAUAAAUUGAAUCUCCCAGAAACAUAUAUCAGUUGAAAGCAAUUAUAAAUAAGCAGAUGAUAAAUUGUCUAAUAGAUGUAUAUGUACCUUGCUUAAAUUAUCUUUUGCCCAGAAACUAAAUCUAAAUAUUAUUAAUGAUAACGUAGGCAAAACUCUCAAAAGUUUUAUAGGAAAUAUUAUUGUAAGUAGGCAUGAGACUACAUCAGCGAUAAAAGUCGACUCCGUUACCGCUCUUUUAAAUAGCAUAUUAGACAAAUAUUUGUCGUACGACCUAAUUAUUGGAACCGAUUUUCUGAACCAACAACACGUUUUACUUACUAAAAUAAACAACGAAGUUAAGAAAAUUGUCGUCGCCAAUACAUGAUAUUAAUGUUGUUGAUAUUUUAGACGACCUGAAUGAUUAUAACCAUCUAGAGUCUAGACUAUGUAGAAAUAAACAACUUACAAAAAUCUACUGUACGGAAAGUGUCAUUAUUAGAUUAUAAAGAUUGUAUUUCUUUUUCAUUAGCCGAUUUAGGAAAAAUUAAAGUAAUCAAAAUACAAAUUAAAUGUACUUCCAACGAUCCCGUUGUUUAUAAUCCAUAUAGAAUGUCUGUUAGUGAAAAGGAACAUUUGAAUGCAAUUAUACAAGGCCUGCUUGAAAACAACAUAAUUCGCAAGUCAUCGUCACCUUACGCUAGUCCUGUUUUGUUGGCUAACUUUAUAAAAAAUACGUGAAGUUUGUAGUGGUGGAUGCGUUUACGAAAUUUUGUUUCAUUGAACCAGUGAAAAGCACAAAGUCAAAAGAAAGUAUUAAAAUAAUAACCAAUAUAAAGAAUCUUCUUGGUGCGCCGAGAAGAUUAAUAAGUGAUAGAGGAACUGUUUUUACUUCGAAAACAUUUAAGUGUUUCUGUCUCAAUUAUGGAAUUAAACAUGUAAUGCCGUAGCCACCCCCGGAGCUAACGGUCAGUGCGAACGCUAUAAUAAAACGAUUUUAGCUUCGUUGGCCACAACAGCUGCUGAAAAUGCUGAAGAUAAAUGGGAUAUGUAUGUGAAACAAGUUCAAUGUGCAAUUAAUUGUACAUACAACAAAGCUACAGGUGUUUUUGCAAUGAAGGUCUUUGCAGGUUUUAAGGCUACAUAUAAAGCAGAGUUAAAAAUCUUAAGUGAGGUGCAAAGUAAUUUAACUCAAAUUGCAUAAGUUGAGGAAAUAAGUUAAGAAAAAUAUAGAUAGUUCUCAAAAGGCGCAGAAAUUGAUGUUUAACCGGACUAGAGCUAAAGCAAGAAAGUACAAAGAAAAUGAUUAGGUAAUGGUUUCCAAGACUGACCAUUCUUCAACUGGCGAAUCAAAUAAAUUGUUAUCAAAGUACAAUGGACCAUUUCGUAUCAAAAUGGUAUUAGCUAAUGAUCGGUACUGUGUACAAGAUCUCCAAGAAGGAAGAAAAAAAAGUUGAAAAAGGUCAUUUCUAUUGACAAAAUUAAACCUUGGGUAGUUCUGAAAGGUUAAAAGAUAAAGUAAAAGUAGUGUUUAUUCAAAUAAUGAAUAAAAAUUUUUAUUAAUGAUAUAAAAAGGCUAGCAAAAGGCUAAUAUACUACGCAAAGUAAAAAAAGACUAAUAUAGGGUUAGUAUAUAAAGACUGGUACAAAGGUAAGCAUCCGUGUUUUUAUUUUCAUAAGGCUGGCAAAAGGCUAGCAUAUAAGGAAUCAUAAAGAUUAAGUUAAAGGUUAGCACAAGGCUAACGCAAAAGUUUUCUUUGACAAAAAGACUAACACAAGGUUAGUAAUGUACAAAGACUAAGAAUAAAAUUUGGUAUUUCUCUCUAUCUCUCAUUCUCUCAAAACAAAGGCUAGCAUAAGGCUAGCACACAAUAAGUUGUAUAGUUAAAAAUUAAAGGUUAGCACAAGGCUAACACUAACAUUUUCGUUGUCUAUAGCCUAGAGUUUCCCUAAAGACUAGCUCAAGGCUAGGUACCGUUAACUAUUUAAUAAUGUUAAAUGUACAUUGAAUAAGUACAAGAAAUUCAUUAUAUGAAUAAACACCAUCAUAUUUUUUGAAAAAAAAAAAAAGGAUUUUGUAAUUGAAUUUUAAUUUAUUUACAGAAUUUUAAUGUUCGAGGACGACC